AUGGCUAACCCGGAAUCAAGCACUCUGGAAAAGCCGUCCGAAGAACUGGCACGAGAAGCCUCAGACCCUGUGGCAAACGGACAACCGAUCUGUGCUGAGUGUGAAGGCGCAGAGCUGCAAAACGGAGUGGAACCUCUGUCGGACCCUGAAAUAGCAGACAUCUCUUGCAACGGAGCCAACUAUGCAAGCAAUUUAACUCUAAAUGGAUCUAAGGAGGAGCCCCCAGGCCUCACUGGCUUGGUGAGCGAAGGGGACACAGCAGCCCAAGAAGAGGUUCUUUGCGAUUUCUGCUUGGGUGACAAGAGCCAGGCAGUGAAGUCUUGCUUGACCUGCAUGGUCAAUUAUUGUCAGGAUCAUCUGCGCCCACACUUGGAGAUUGCCAAACUGCAGGCUCAUAAGCUCAGGGACCCGCUGAAGGACAUUGACAUGCAAAGCUGUGAGGCCCACAAGAGUCCCUUCAGCUGGUUCUGCCAAAAUGACCUUGGCUGUGUCUGUGAGGAGUGCCUGGCUGAUGGACACCAAGGGCACGAGACUGUGGCCUGUGCGGUGGCCAGGAAAGAAAAAGAGUAUGAACUUCUUCAGAUCCAAGCAGAAUAUGACUGGAAACUGAAGUCAGCUGAAAAUGCAAUUAUCAAACUGGAAAAGAAUUCAAAGUCAAUUGUGAGUUCAGUAUCUGAAGUGAAAGACGUGGUAGAACGGCAAUUUGAGGAAUUGCUGCAAGCAGUCAAGAAGGCCCACUCUGAUGUGCUAGCUUUCCUUGAAGAGAAGGAGCAUGCCGCAGUUAAUCAUGCCAAUGGUAUAAAGAUCCACCUUGAAAACAAGCGAGUGACAAUGGAAGAAUGUAAGAUCAGGCUGGAGAAGAUGGCCACCCACACCAAUGACAUCCUCUUUCUAAAGGAAUACUGUGAAUUCAAAAAGAGUUCAGGAGACGACACAUUGCCCAGUGUGUAUAUUGGCUUAAAAGAUAAGUUGUCAGGGAUCCGAAAGAUUGUCUCAAAUGCCACUGAACAUCUUUUACAACUUUUACAAACUACCUAUAAUGAUAAGUUGCAAGAGUUUGCCAAAGAUGAGGAUGCUGGUAUCAAAACCAUGGUGUCUGCAAUUGUUCCAUCCAAACAUCGCCUGUCAGCUCCAGAACCCGAGAGCAGGAGUGACUUCCUUAAAUAUACCUUUCCAUUAACAUUUGACCCAGUUACAGCUCAUCGGUAUUUAAGGCUGUUGGAUGACAACCACAAAGUCACCAACACCACACCAUGGGAGCACCCGUACCCAGAUGACCCAGAGCGGUUUCAGCACUGGCGCCAAGUUCUAUCAGGCAAGAGCUUGUACAUUGGGCGCUACUACUUUGAAGCGGAGAUAUCGGGGGCCGGCAUUUACAUUGGCAUGACGUACAAGAGCAUUGACCGGAAAGGUUCCGAGAGCAACAGCUGCAUCUCAGGGAACAACUUCUCCUGGUGUCUCAAAUGGAACGGCAAGGAGUUCUCAGCCUGGCACAGCGAUAUGGAGACGCCAUUGAAAACCCAGGGAUUUGGCAGGGUAGGAGUCUAUUUGGAUUACCCCAGGGGCACCCUUUCUUUUUAUGGCAUCGCUUUGGAUGCCAUGACUCUCCUGCAUAAAUUUGAGUGUAAGUUUGCUGAACCGCUGUACCCUGCCUUCUGGUUACCAAAGAAAGAAAACUGUGUGCGGAUUGUCAAUUUACGGGAAGAAGCUGAACAGAAUCCAGUACCUCCUACUCCCUUAGGAGAAGCAGCGGCAAGUACAAAGUCUGUCGAUUCAUAAUGGAGCCAGUGAUUGGAUGGUACAAUCAUGGGAAAUACUUACUGGAUGUAGAUCAGU